CAGCGAGCGAUAAUUGAAAUAAAAUGGUUGGCAACACUUUGUUAUUCUUAGUUCUCGUGUGAUAGAGAUCACGUUGUCAUUUUAGUCGCCCCUAAACCGAAGCUACCUGGGCAUUUUACAAGGAUUUAGUCAUGGGAUUUGUAAAAGUUGUGAAGAAUAAGGCUUAUUUUAAGCGGUUUCAAGUAAAAUUUCGUAGGAGAAGAGAGGGAAAAACUGAUUAUUAUGCUCGUCGCCGGCUGGUGGUUCAGGAUAAAAAUAAAUACAAUACUCCAAAAUAUCGUAUGAUUGUUCGUUUUACUAAUAAGGACAUUAUAUGCCAGAUAGCCUAUGCCAGAAUCGAAGGAGAUGUCAUUGUGUGUGCAGCUUAUGCUCACGAACUCCCAAGAUAUGGCGUGAAGGUUGGGUUGACUAAUUAUGCAUCUGCUUAUUGCACUGGACUUCUGUUAGCUAGAAGACUUCUUAAAAAAUUUGGAUUAGAUGAAAUAUAUGCUGGUUGUGUAGAUGUUACAGGAGAAGAAUAUAACGUUGAAGAUAUUGAAGGACAACCAGGUGCUUUCCGUGCUUAUCUAGAUGUUGGACUUGCUCGUACCACUACAGGAGCUCGUGUUUUUGGAGCAAUGAAAGGCGCUGUAGAUGGUGGAAUUGAUAUUCCCCACAGCAAUAAACGAUUUCCUGGUUAUGAUAGUGAGACUAAAGAGUUUAGCCCUGAUGUCCAUCGCAAACAUAUUUUUGGACAACACGUUGCAGAUUAUAUGCGAAUAUUAAUGGAAGAAGAUGAAGAAGCAUAUAAAAAGCAGUUUUCUCAAUAUAUCAAACUGGGAAUUACAGCUGAUGAAUUGGAAGACAUCUAUAAGAAGGCUCAUGCUUCUAUCAGAGCUGAUCCAGAAAGAAAACCGCAGCCUGAGAAGACAGUUGUUAAAAAGAGAUGGAAUCGGGCUAAGAUGACACUGUCAGAACGUAAAAAUAGAGUGGAGCAGAAGAAGAAAUCGUUCUUGAAGAAAUUAAAUGCUGGGGAAGGCCAAACAGACUAGAUAAAAUUUUUUAUUGAAACUUGGCAAUAAAUAAAUGGAAAAAAAGUA